AUGGAUGAUGAUAAGACUAUAAAGGAAUAUUCUAUUGGAGAAAAAAAUUUCAUUGUCGUUAUGAGUACAGUGGCCAAACCGGAAAAGAAGGAACCCAAGCCAGAACCCAUUAAAAAGCCUGAACCAACACCCGCUCCCGAAAGUACUGCUCCAAAAACGCCUACUGCAACCACGGUUAUAUCUAAUCCUCCUGAGCCUAGUGCUCCUGUAACAGGGUCUAUUGAUCUCCUGUCUGGCCAAUCACUGACAUCUGCUAUUCAAAAUUUGAUGGAAAUGGGUUUUGAACGUCCACGGGUUGAGCAAGCUCUCAGAAUGAGCUUUAAUAAUCCCGAUCGUGCUGCUGAGUAUUUGCUUUCGGGUAAUAUUCCUGCUGAAGAACCUCAGCCGGCUACUGGUACUAUCGAGCAGCAGCCACCUGAGACUCAACAAACCGCUAGCCUGGAUCCUGAAUCACUCCGAAGUCUCAGUAGUGAGGAGCUCGUGAACUUGCUAUCUACUUUCCCCCAAUUCCAGCAAUUACGUGCUCUGCGUGGUAAUUCUGCCGCUCUCACUCAAUUAAUGCAACAACUGUCUUAUUCGUAUCCUGAACUUAUUAACGCUAUUCAAGAAAAUGAGAGUGCUUUUCUCGAUUUUGUCAACUCGGAUCCUGAUCCUAGUGCGGAAACUGAGGCUGCUCCUGGUGGUGGUCGACAACACCACAUAAUUCGCUUAACAGAGGAGGAAAAGAAUGCAGUGGAUCGGCUAAAAGCUCUCGGUUUUGCCGAGGAAGAAGUCAUUCAGGCUUACUUUGCUUGUGAAAAGAAUGAGGACCUCGCGGCAAAUCUGCUUUUCAGUGACAAUCCGGAUGAUGCUGUUUAA